GGUCCAUAGAUGCCUCUUGUGGCGCUAAAGAAGGCGCCCACUGUCCGCUAAUUUCUACAGCUCAUCUGACUUUUUAUGAGCCACCAGUUGUUCUCCAUUCCUUUGAUAUUUUCCUGCACUUCAGAUUUUUUUUUUAACCAAAUCUUCUUUUUGGCAAUAAGAUGAAUCACUUUGCCAAGUCAGAAAGGACUAUCUCUUUUUCACUAUCAAACUGAAGAUGACGGGGUCGUUCUCAUCAAACCAGUCUUGGAUGCAUCUGGUGUGUACUUUGGGUCUGCUUCUGGCCCUGCUGCAUCUGUGCACGUCGCUGCUGCUGGGAGCCUUCAAUGUCAAGUCCUUUGGGGACAAGAAGGCCUCCAACACAACCUUGAUGAACAUCAUCAGCAAGAUCGUCCAUCGCUAUGACAUCAUUCUGAUCCAGGAGGUCAGGGACAAUGAUCUCUCAGCCACCCACAAACUCAUGCAGCAUGUCAACAAAGGUUCUCCUCAGUUUCGGUACAAGAACAUUGUCAGUGAGCCGCUUGGCCGCAGUUCCUACAAGGAGAGAUACCUCUUCCUGUACAGGGAGCAGACUGUGUCUGUGGAAAAAAGCUACACCUACGAUGAUGGCUGUGAGCCCUGUGGAAACGACACCUUCAUCAGGGAGCCUUUUGUGGUUAUGUUCACCUCAAAAGACACCGCUGUGAGGAACUUUGCGCUGAUCCCUCAGCACGCUUCCCCCGACUUCGCUGUGCAGGAAGUGGACGAGCUUUACGACGUGGUGGCCGACGUCCGCGCCAAAUGGAGCACCAACGAUAUCAUCCUUCUGGGAGACUUCAACACAGACUGCAGCUACGUCACGGUGUCAGAGUGGAGGCACAUCCGCCUCUUCACGGACAAGAGCUUCCAUUGGCUGAUCCCUAACGAGGCGGACACCACCGUGUCUCACACCGACUGUGCAUACGACAGGAUAGUGGUGACUGAGGACAUGAUGAAGGGAGUGGUGCACCGCAGUGCGGACGUGUACAACUACAUGGUGGACUUGAAACUGGACCUCAGUAUGGCUCUGGCUGUCAGCGACCAUUUCCCAGUGGAGGUGACACUACUUGCUUGAGCUUUGGCUGCCAGAACCGUCAGCGUCGUUCCAGUUUGAGAAAUCUGAACAUUUCUCACAAGACAAUUACAUUCCCUCAGUUCAAAGUUUGUGAGAGAAACAUUUUUUGUCCAUAGAAUCUGUUUUUUUGAAGUGGUCUUAUAAAGCCAGGGCUUCCAAAGUGUGGCCCAAGGGUCUAUCUGGUUUGUUUUUAUUGCCCCCUGUAUUUCCUAGAGAUACAACUCCUAAUUAAUGAGAUGUUACUCUCGUUUGUAUUGUCAGCUCUAAUUAAUAUAUCUUAGCAUAUUAAAAAGCAUACCCCAGUGUGGGAACCAGCA